GAGGAUGGGGGAAGCAGGAACAGGAUGUGGGUGGGUAGGAAGCGAGCUUUUCGUUUGUUGUGAUGAUAAAGCUGUUCACAAGCUCAAUGCUGAAGGAGACGAACCUGGAGUCGUCGCGCAGCUCGACGCCUAUCCAACGGACAUGCACUGGUUUCCGUCUGGCAACAAGAAGCAGCAGAGCGACACGGUUGCAAUCUCAUGCUCGGAUGGUACCUACCUUCUUGUCCUGAGGAAUGGUAGAAUCGAAAAGAAGAUCGAUGCCCACAAAGGAGCGGUGAUCUGCAUUCGGUGGAAUCAUGAAGGCACGGCGAUAGCCACUGGAGGAGAGGAUGGGAUUGUGAAGAUCUGGUCACGCUCCGGCAUGCUGAGAUCGACUCUAGCUCAAACUGAUGUCUCAGUGUACUCUUUGUCCUGGUCUCCCGACUCCAACUCCAUCUGCUUCUCUUCCUCAAAAGAUCUUAUCAUCAAGCCGCUCCAGCCACAAGCCAAGCAAGUGACGUGGAAGGCGCACGAUCAAACAGUCCUCAAGGUCGACUGGAACUCUGUCAAUGGAUUCUUAGUUUCUGGAGGCGAAGACAGGAAAUACAAAGUUUGGGACAACUUUGGUCGUCUUUUGUUUGCUAGCAAGCCGAUGGAGUUCGCCAUCACUUCAGUCUCAUGGUCCCCCAACGGAGAGCUGUUUGCCGUUGGGCUGUAUAACUGCGUCCGUCUCUGUGACAAGACGGGUUGGUCACAUUCCAGAGAGCGAACUGAUACUGGAAGCAUUAUGUCCGUCGCAUGGACAUCGGAUGGCGCGCAACUAGCAGGAGUGGGAGCCAAUGGAAACAUCAUCUUUGGGCAGGUUCUGGACAGAAAGGUUGAAUGGGUGAACAUUGAAGUGACGCUCAAGGGAACGCACAAGGUGUUAGUGCAUGACAUUCUGAGUGAGAUGGAAGAAGAUCUUGACUUUCGUGACCGCGUCAUCGGAAUGGCUGUAGGCUUCGGUUACCUGGUAGUUACCACGACGCUACAAUGUUACAUUUACCUGCUUCAAAACCUGAACACGCCUCACAUCUUCGAUCUGAAAGAGACCGUGAACUACAUUCAGCUCGGAGAGAAGCACAUGGCGAUGGUGGACGUCAAUGGCAUUCAGGUUUUCAACUACGAGGGGAGGAUGGUGAGCGCGCCCAAGUUUCAGGGUAUGAGGUCGGAGGUGUUCAACUCCCAGACAGUGAGCAUGAGCUCGGACAUCAUCGCCAUCAUCGACCACAGUGACACCAAACUCAUCCGCUUCUUCGACCUUGCGACUGGGAAAGAGGCCGGAAAACCUCUGCAGCACGUCCUGGACGUUACCUGUGUGCAGAUGAACCGCUGGGGGACCUCGGCUCAGCGCAAGUGCGUCUUCCAAGACCGAAAUCGAGAUCUGUAUAUCAUUCCUGUCGGUUCAACUGCAGCGGGCACAAAGGACGUCGUGCCUUUCAAGCUUGGUACCAUGUGCGAUUCUGUAAUGUGGAGCUCAGAAACCGACAUGCUUGCUGGUAUCAUGGAUUCGAAGCUUGUAGUGUGGUACUAUCCAAAUGCCGUAUUCAUCGAUAGAGACCUGAUCUCAAAGACCAAGAAUAUUCAGAAUGAUCCUGAGUACGGCAAAGAUCCACAGAUCCAGCAGUUUCACGGAACACAGGUCGUGGUUCGAAGAAGCGACGGGACGCAGCUGAGCACGAGCGUCUCACCGUAUCCCAUCACCUUAUACGGCAUUGUGCAGAGGAACAUGUGGGAACAUGCGAUCCACUUCUGCCGGUAUGUGAAGGACAGCACUCUGUGGGCAUGUCUUGCUGUGAUGGCGCUGGCGGACAAGGAACUCAGCACAGCCGAGGUAGCCUUCGCAGCCAUCGACGAGGUCGCAAAACUCGAGUUUGUGCUCGCAAUCAAAGACAUCCCAACCGUUGAAGGCCGAAAUGCAGAGCUGGCUCUGUGGAGACGUCGGCCGGAUGAAGCAGAGGCGAUACUGAUUCAGGCUGGUCUCACGUAUCGGGCGAUCAAUCUCAACAUGAGGCUCUUCCGCUGGGAGCGAGCGCUGGAACUUGCCGUCAACCACAAGACUCACGUCGACACCGUCUUGGCAAUGCGCGAGCGAUACUUGAAGGGGAUGGGAAGAGAAGAGAAGGACUCGAGGUUUCUCCAGUACAAGGAGGGUGUCGUGAUCGACUGGGAGAAGAUCAAAGCUAAGGUGGCGAAGGAAGCUGAGCUGGAAGCUGCUCGGCCAAAUGCUCGCCCAUAUCAAGAAUAGCAGGAGCUCAGAAUGUUGAUAGAGAGACCAUGCGCAGCAGACGCGGAUAAUACGAUGACAUGUGAAACAUCUUAAACUACCUUGAAGACCU